AUGAAAGAAACGGAUUGGGAUACUGUCGAACUGACAGGCUGGCCUGUGUGCAGACAUGCUAUCACAUGGUCGUCUGAGGAUCUCGCGGUAGCAACAGGUGAGGUUGUACAUAUUUUGACCCCUCGCAAUGCCUCUGAUUCACGAGGUGUACCCGGUCAUCGACAAUGGCAUACUUUCACCCUUCGUGUCAAUCAAUUUGAGUUUUCGGAGUGGCCAACCCAAUCCUUGGCCACUCUCAAACACUUUUCUAUCGGUGAAGAGCAGUCAGAUUCCCAUGUUGCCGCUUUUGCAUGGUCUCCCUCUGGUUUGGGUCUUUACAGAAGGAGUGUAUUGGCUGUUCUGACUUCAAACUUGAUCUUAUCAUUUUGGGAAACGAACGGGAAGUUGGGUGAGUGGAAGAGAACUUGUAUUGUGAACCAUCAUUUCCAACCAGAACCAUCACCGGAAUCCUCCGACGAUGUAAGACUCAAGCAGCGAGUCCGCAGUUUCGCAUGGCUGCCUCCAACGCCUGAGCUUGAUACCAAUCACAGGACUCAACAUUUCCUGAUGAUCGCUGAUGAUACUCGUUCUAUAUCCAUCUAUGCUGUACGGAAAACAAAGUUUGCUUACGGGCACUGGAUGUUCGAGCUUUUGGCAAGAUAUCAGAUCCCUGUUGGCCACAAUUCAGACUUCAAUGCUACUACGAGAGCAAGUUUACGAGAAACUCUCCUUGGCUCCUCCCCGAUCACUAGACUCGACUCGACGGAGUGGGUAACAACUCAAGGAACAGCAAAGGAGAGCGCUACAGCUGCAUGCUUGUGCGUGAAGGUGAGCUUCGGUGUCAUGGCUCAUAAUCGCUACCUUUCGGUCUCCGUCCGGAGUCUUACCCAAGAGAUUCCAGAUGGUAGUGUACCAGAUCAUACCGUUAGUGUCUCCAUCGAACAAUCUCAAACACCUGAGAGUUUUCCUUUCUGCCAACCACCCUCCCAAGACCUUUUUGAAUCGAGCCUCCGUGGCACACGAUCAGAUUUCAAUGAUGAGUACGACCUGGGUGGAAGAGUACUGAUUAGACACUGGGGUGCAGUAUACUAUCCUGAUAGAACAAAGGCGGCUGCAUGUGUCUCUCUACACCCAUCCGAUAUGAUCGAGUCUUGUCUUCCCUCGCGACAGCGUACAACAGUCAUUUUCGCAAUUCUCAAUCCGUCUGUUGUAGCAAAUGUGCAAGACCAGCUGAAGACAUAUGAGAAAAUUAUCACCUUUAUAGCUGGACUACCAUCGAAUAUGCUUAGGACCAGCUCCGAUCAGAAAAUCCUCGCCAAUGCUAUUACUCUGACUGAGUUGCACUUCGCGAGUUCCACGAGUCUAAGUCAAUGGGCAGUCUCAGCACGCGCCCACUUGAAUUUGUAUGCAACGAAGAGUCCUCGACAUAUCACUGAGAAAUCAUUGGAAGAUGGAAGCGUCACUGAAAUUGUAAGUGCGGGCCCUCAUCUCUCAGAAGUCACUAUAGGGUAUAAGAAUCAAGCCGAGGUUGUAGGCCAGGAGAGUUGUGAGGUGUGCGAGGCUCUCAUUACUUUCUCUUCAGCAACUUCAGCGACCUGUGCAAACCACCACUACUUCACUCGCUGUAGUCUGUCUUUUCUGGCUAUUCAAGAACCAGGAAUUUCCAUGUAUUGUGCUCAAUGUGGAAAGCAAUUCCUCCAUCCUAGCCGGAUCGAGGGAAUCAAUGGUCCAAGCUUGAGCCAAGCACUAUUCAACAGGUUCGAUGUUUGUCCAUUCUGCCAAGGCAAGUUUCGGGGCUAG